AUGGCGCCCAAGAGAAAAAGAGCUGCUGAUAAUACGAACGGCGUGGUCAAUGGCGAUGCGUUGCCAAACCGUCGCUCGUCUGCUAGAACGAUUACCACUGCUGCAGCGGCCGUCAACCCAGACAAGAACGAGGAGGUCAUAGAUGCACCGAACGCUCUGCGGGCGUCGCCUGAUAGUGAUGUUAACGAGGAUAUCGUGCCAGGUGUUGUUAAGAAGGAGGAAGGUGCAGGAGAUGAAAGCCCUCUGAGCCAGGCGCUUGAUGUGGUCGAGCCGCCUAAGAAGAAGGCAAAAGCGAUCAAGACAUCGGGCAAGUCAAAAGCUGAGCAAAAUGGUGUGGAUUUGGAAGCGCCGGUAAAGAUAGCCAGGGGCAAGAAGGCCAUCAAGACGGAAGACGAGGAUGCACAACAAAGCACUGCCGCAGCGACCCCUGCGAAGAAGCCUAAGAAGGAGGCAGAUGGCGGGUUCGAUCCAGAAGCAGGUGGAGAGGAAGAGGUGAAUGAAGAGGAGGUCAAGGAAGCAUUGUCGAGACCACCACCAGUCAACAGUGCAUACUUGCCUCUGCCAUGGACCGGACGUCUAGGAUUCGCGUGUCUAAACACAUACCUUCGAAACUCCAACCCACCAGUAUUCAGCUCGCGAACGUGUCGAAUUCAAUCCAUCUUGGAGCAUCGCCAUCCGUUACAGGACCCUUCUCAGCCGGAGCAUCCUACAAAGAAUCGACCGGAUCGAAGCAAGCCCGCGGAUGUCGAGCUUGGGCAACGAUAUGUCGAGAGUCUAUGCUUGGCCAAUGUGAAGGAUAUUGCGAAGACGGUGCGUUGGAACGACAGGUACAACAUUCGGUUCUUCCGACUGUCUUCUGAGAUGUUUCCAUUUGCGUCACACCCAGAGUAUGGUUAUAAGCUUGCGCCUUUCGCCACAGAAGCCCUCGCAGAGGCAGGGAAAGUUAUUGCAGAGCUGGGGCAUCGAGUGACGACGCAUCCUGGACAGUUCACGCAGCUGGGCAGUCCGAGGAAGCCGGUCAUUGACAAUGCCAUUCGUGAUUUGGAUUAUCACGAUGAGAUGCUCUCACUACUGAAGUUGCCUGAACAGCAAAACCGGGACGCAGUCAUGAUUCUCCACAUGGGUGGCAUGUUCGAGGGCAAGCAGGAGACUCUUGACCGCUUCCGAGCGAAUUAUGCCAAUCUAUCACAGGGCGUCAAGAACCGUCUCGUUCUGGAGAACGACGACAUGGGUUGGAGCGUACACGACUUGUUGCCGAUUUGCGAAGAGCUGAAUAUACCGUUUGUGCUUGACUUCCACCAUCACAACAUCGUUUUCGAUGCAGACCAGAUCCGCGAGGGUACCAAGGACAUCAUGGAGCUCUAUCCUCGGAUCAAGGCCACCUGGGAUCGAAAAAGGAUUACGCAGAAGAUGCAUUAUUCUGAGCCAACACCCGCUGCUAUCACGCCGCGUCAGAGACGGAAGCAUAACCCGAGAGUUGCUACACUCCCACCUUGCCCGCCGGAUAUGGAUCUAAUGAUCGAAGCAAAAGACAAGGAGCAGGCUGUCUUUGAGCUGAUGAGAGCGUUCAAGCUCCCCGGUUUCAACAAGAUAAACGAUGUCCUCCCAUAUGUGAGGAAUGACGAUAAUAAGGCUGCUCUCGCGGUGAUGAACAAGAAAAAGAAGAAGGCCGAAAAACCCGAGCCAGAGCUGAUCCCAGAGGAAGAUGUCGGCAUGGGAGGUCCUGAAGGACGAGUGUACUGGCCGCCGGGAAUGGAAGAAUGGCUACGGCCCAAGAAGCGAGAGGUUAAGAAAAAGGACCCAGGGGAGAAAUCUACCGAGCAGAAGAAAAAAGAGGCCGCUGAAUUAUACGCCGCGAAAGAAGCUGAGAAGAGAAUCAAAGACGAACCAGCGAGUGAACACGACUCCGAUGUCGAUGCAACUCCUGCGACGAAGAAAGCGAAAGCAGCUAUGCGCGCGAAGCAGAAGGCUGUGAAAACCACGGAGCCGAAAGAGACGACCAAAGCACCACCGAAGAAAGGUCGUGCUAAGAAGCAGCCGCAGUCUGUGCCUACUCCAAGCUCGAGCGAUGAUAUGGAGGGCGAUGAAUUGCGACUCGAUGAUGAUGAGGAUGGACCUCCAGUACCCGCUAUCAAGACUGAAGGCUCCAGGAAAGGCGGACGUCGCUCUGCAAAGGCCAAGGUCAAUUACAGCGUAGACGACUGA